GCCCCAGAUAUAUCUACCCCCGUGAACCCAAGUUUUCUGUGACGCUUAUAUCGCCCUUAUCCUGGGAGGAGAUCGAUGCCUACGAAUUCCCACUGUACGAACACAUCACAUGCAUGGACAGUGUGACGCUGCGCAGCGAAGAGACGGCGUCUGGUAUGAAGCCGUUCAUCGCCGUGAGCACCAUGACGGUCAUGGGAGAGGAGACCACCCCCAAGGGCAAG